AUGGAGGGGCGUGGACCUCGAAAUAAUAGGGAAUACUGCGAAAUGAAAAGUGUGAUUAAAGUAAAAAAUUUAGCUGGAAAAAGACUUAAUGCCCUGAGAAAAAACAAAAUUUUAAAGGUUGAUAAUACAACGCUAUGUAUGCUGUAUGCUGUGAUAUUAGGCGUCGAAUACAACGUGUAUUUAUCUGCAGGACAUCUCGUUGGAAAAUCACGUUGGACUCAAGCACGUAAACAAAGCUCGCUUUCAUUUGCCCGUCAAGUUGACAGUCUAAUUGAUAGCUUAAGCGAUUCUUUGCCCAACGGAUCUAACUUUGAGAUCCUACAACGAGUGCAAGAUAUUUUGAGUGACGAUUACAAAAUAAUUGUUUACGGCGGAAGAACGCUCGAGAGUCGACUGUUUGGGAAUGAUUUUCAACCCGGUGACGAGAAAAAGAAGAAGAUUUUUCUCUUGUAUGAUAGAGAAUUGAAACACUUCGACAUGAUAAAAAAUCCCGCAUGUAUGAUGGGUUUCAGAAUAUUUUGUGACUAUUGCGAAUCUUGUUAUCUCAGUAAAAAGCACAAAAACUGUAGAGGGGCAUUGUGUGCAAAAUGCGAAGGUUUCUGCAAAUUGGACCCGGGAAAGAGAGAAACGAAAACUUGCAGCGGAUGCAACAUUGAAUUUUUCACAGAAAAUUGCUUCAAAGGGCACUUGCAACGAAGAGUGUGCGAAACCAGGCAUGUUUGCUCCGAGUGUGGUUUUUUCUACAAACAAAGCUCUCUGAAUAAAAACAAGAAUAAGAUCGUGCCACACGAAUGCUACACUUCUUUGUGUAGAGUAUGCAACACAUACGUAAAGCAUCCGCAUUUUUGCUUUUUGAAAAAAUCGAAACAGCCAAAAUCAUUAGAAAAACAAGACGAAACUGUCAUACUCAGCGCGUGCGAUUUUGAAACAACUCAGUACGAGGAAGUGAAAAAAAAUUGCUUUGUUCAUCGCGUCAACUGUAUAAAUGUUCAGAGUGUGUGCAGAUUUUGUCGCGAUAAUGAAAAUGAAACGGAGUGCAACGUGUGCGGCUCUCGAGAUCAAACUUUUACUGACUUUGACGAGCCGGGGAAAAAUGUUAUUCGUGACCUUUUAGAAUACCUAGAUAAAAAAGGACAACCAAAAGACUUGGAAGGUGGACAAAAGCGCCGAGCGAUGAAGCAUAUUAUGUUGAUGCAUAACAGUAAAUUUUUCGACGGUAGUCUUUUGUUAAGAGAAAUAUUCGCAAACAAGGACUGGAAAGUGAAGUCGAUUGUUUUGAGUGGAAUGCAAAUUUUGCUGUUAGAAAUUCAAAAUGUGAACAGCGGGACUGAAGUCAAGUUGAUAGAUUUUUUAUCAUUCGUCCCAUAUCCUUUAGCGAAAUUGCCAAAGUGUUUAAAACUAGGUGAAGAUUUGGCCAAAGGAAAUUUUCCGCACUUGUGUAAUGAACCGAAAAAUUACAAUUAUAAUCAACCUCAUCUUCCACCGUUGGAGUUUUACGAUGCGGAAAAUAUGGCUGUGUCGAAAAAAGCAGAAUUGCUCGCUUGGUACGAUGAAGAAAAUAAAAGACUGCAGCAAAAUGGUGAAAAUUUCGAUUUUCAAACAGAGUUAAUCAAGUUCUGCAGGCAAGACGUCACGAUUUUGCUUAAAGCAAUGCUAAAGUUUAGAGAGUUUUUUGUGGGAUUCGGUGUUGAGCCUUUUUUAGAAACAUUUACGAUCGCCUCUCUUACGAGUUUAGUCUUCAAAAGGUUAGACUACCGAGAUAAAACCAUUGGAAUAAUCCCGCAAAACGGCUAUCGCACAAAACAACAAAGCAAGUUCGGUUUGAAAUAUAUGCGCUGGCUGGAGAUGCAGGGAAUCUCUGAUAUACUACAUGCUGGUAAUGGCAAAGAAAUCGUUGUGCAUGGAGCACCAGUUGACGGUUUCCGUCAAGAUAAAAAUACAGGCAAGAUCACAAUUUACGAUGCCUGUGGUUGUUACUGGCAUUUUUGCGCUGACUGCUAUCCUGACGCUGCCGCGAAGGAUUUUUCGACUGCAAGAAUAACAGACACAGGCAUCACAAGACGUUUGAAAACAACUGCGAGGCACGCGUUUUUGAGGCGCAAAAAUUUUAAGGUCGAAGUAAUGUAUGAAUGCCGCUUUAACAGAAUGUUGAAAAAUCAACCAGAGAUAGCAAAAAUUCUGGCGGAAGAUCCUACAGUGCUGAAAGGUUUUCUAAUGCCCCGAGCCGCACUCGCCGGUGGUAGAACUAACGCAUCCAAGCUUUAUCACAAGGUGCAGCACGGUGAAAAAAUCAAAUAUUAUGAUUUUACGUCGCUCUACAGCUUCUGCAAUAAGUAUUUGUCUUACCCCGUUGGUCACGGUGAAGUUUAUAUUGGUCGAAAUUGCCCGCCAAUAGAAAGUAUCAAGGGCUUGGUGUACUGCAAAGUGCAGGCUCCAGGAAAAUUGAGGUUUCCCGUGCUGCCGGACCACAUUGACGGAAAAUUAGUGUUUCAUCUCUGCACGAAGUGUGCGAAAAAUAAAAAUAAAGAGUACUGCAAGCAUUGCCCCGAAGAUAGAGCCAUCGAAGGAGUUUGGUGCACAAACGAGUUGGAUUUGGCAAGAAAAUUUCACUAUCGAAUCAUGGAAAUAUACGAAGCAUACCAUUUUCCCGAGUUCUGCAAGUACCAACCGAACGUAGUCAACGGUUUAUUCAACACUUUCGUGGACCGAUUUCUAAAACUGAAACAAGAAGCUAGCGGCUGGCCUAAGGCUGACAUGAGCGCAGAAGAAAAAGUACAGUACUUGGCUGAGUUUGAGCGGCUUGAGAAAAUAGUUUUGAACCCCGAGAGAAUAGAAAAAAACGAAGUGCUGCGAACGCUGUCAAAAUUAUGCCUGAAUAGCUUGUGGGGCAAAUUUGCUCAGCGAGAAAAUCAACCAAAAACCGCGAUUCUCAGCGAACCACGAGAGCUUCUGCAAUUACUGAACGCACCUAAUGUGUCGAUUACUUCUCUAUUGGCUGACAUUGGGGAGAAGAUUUUGAUUAAUUACCAAGAUGAAGCCGCUGUGUCUCGGAACACCAAUGUCGUUAUCGCAGCAUUCACUACCGCGCACGCACGGUGCCAGCUUUACAAAUUACUUCACAUGGCUGGUGAAAACACGCUUUAUUUUGACACUGACAGCAUUAUUUACGUUGAAAAAGAUGACCAGCCGAUUUUCAAAGUUGGUAGCGGUUUGGGCGAACUCAAAGAUGAGAUUUUCGACGAGUACGGAGCAGGAGCAAAAAUCGUCGAGUACGCCAGCGGAGGUGCGAAAAACUACAGCUACGUCGUGGAGAAGGCGGACGGAACAAAAAAACAAGUCCGUCGAAUCAAGGGAAUCACGCUGAAGGCAAACAACCAAGAAGAGACCUCCAUUGAAACACUUAAAAUGCUGAUUGACAAUGAGGACGAGUCUGUGCGAGUCAAUUUUUUGAGGAGAAUCCAGAGAACCAGCGAAUACCAGAUUUACUCUGCCACAGAAACGUCUAAGCUGCUACGUUUGGUGUAUGACAAAAGGUGUCGCGCUGUAGGUUCAUACCUAACAAGACCAUGGGGAGAAAUUGAAGGCGCCCAAGAGCUCGCUCCGAAUCCGAACAUUGAAAUUGAAGGAUGGCAAGUUAGGGAUUAUAAUCCUUGAAAUAAACGAUUGAAAACAAACUUCUGUUUUUCUAUUUCUAAUAUCCUAAAACUAUGGUUAGAUUGAUAGAAAUGAAAACUUUUUGUUGUUUAAAAAAUUGUUUUUUAUUCCAACGGUAUUUUUUAAUUCUGUCCAAUAAGCCACGGAACACAAUAAUUCUU